AUGGCACUGCAUUUUUCAGGCUGCGCUACUGCUUUUAUUCAACAAAUGGGUUUGGCUGGAAAAGACAUUCUGUACGUCGGAGACCACAUUUUUGGAGAUGUGCUCAAGUCUAAGAAAGCAGGAGGAUGGCGAACGUUGCUUAUUGUACCUGAACUAAACAGGGAAAUAGAGGCAAGUCAUAUAAUAAGCCCAAUAUGGUCUAGGCAAUCUGGAAAGUUCCGAGACCUCAACGAUUUGAACAACAACUUGAAUGCUACCGAGGCAACGGAAGAGAACGCCAAGAAGGAAAUUUUGAACGAAAUCGCUAGAAUUACCGACGACAUGGAAGCGGAGUUCGGUGCAAUGGGCUCAUUGAUAAGAUGUGGCUGGAGGCAAACAUAUUUUGCUUCUCAAGUGAAAAAGUAUGCUGAUAUUUACACAUUCAAUGUGUACAAUAUUAUGGAAUAUUCGCCUCUACACUGCUUCAACUCUCCAAUCUAUCUUCUUCCUCAUGAAGAAAGGUUCUUGCAUAAGGUUGCAUGUGCAAGUCGUAAGGCUCAAGCAAUUCUGGGUACCGAAGAGGUACGUGCCUUCAUCCCUCCUAAUUUCCGACAAACAUCCCUUGUUCUCCUUUACUGA